CACAAUGUGACAGCGCUCAGGAACUUCCGCACCAAGAGCGUCACUCGCAGCAAAUGGCGGCAGCAGCUCUGCCAAGCAACCACCGAGGCUAGAGUCCAAAUCUGGAUAGAGAUUCCCGCCCCGUCUUCCCUCACCAACAAAAUGGCCUACGCAGAGCAGCAACGCUGGAUCACGGUCCAGCAGAAGACGUUUACGAAAUGGCUGAACACCAAGCUGGAGGUCCGCAACCUCGAAGUCAAGGACUUGGUGCGGGAUCUGCGUGAUGGCGUCAUGCUCAUCCACCUGCUCGAAUGUCUGUCGGGAGAGUCGCUCGGCCGAUACGCCUCGAGACCGAAGCUGCGCGUGCAGUGCUUUGAAAAUGCGAACCUAGCCCUGGACUUCAUCAAGUCGCGGGGGAUUCAGAUGACGAAUAUUGGUGCCGAGGAUGUCGUCGACGGCAACCGCAAGAUCAUCCUGGGACUGAUAUGGACACUGAUUCUGCGCUUCACCAUCAGCGACAUCAACGAGGAGGGCAUGACAGCCAAGGAGGGGUUGCUGUUAUGGUGCCAGCGUAAGACGGCUUGCUACGACGAGGUGGACGUGCGCGACUUCAGCGCCAGCUGGAACGACGGGCUCGCGUUUUGCGCCCUGCUCGACAUCCACCGGCCAGACCUGAUUGACUACGACGCGCUCGACAAAUCAGACCACAGAGGCAACAUGCAAAUGGCCUUCGACAUCGCGCACAAGGAGAUUGGCAUCCCGAAGCUGCUCGAUGUCGAGGACGUGUGCGACGUUGCCAAGCCCGACGAGCGGAGUUUGAUGACAUAUAUUGCCUACUGGUUCCAUGCCUUUUCGCAGAUGGAGAAGGUCGAGAACGCGGGCCGCCGCGUCGAGAAAUUUGUCAACAACAUGCGAGGUGCUUGGGACAUGCAGAGCGCUUACGAGCGCCGGAUGAGGGAGCUGCUCAAGGCGAUCCGCGCCCAGAUGGAGAGCUGGCAGCAGGCCAAGUUUGAGGGGACAUAUGCAGAUGCGAAGGCCCAGGCCGGGGAGUUUGCGGCGUACAAGAGGGGGCUGAAGCGAGAAUGGGUGGCGGAGAAGAGCGAGUUAGCGACACUCCUGGGCAAUAUCAAAACUAAGCUGGGCACGUACAGGCUACGGCCGUAUGAACCACCGGCAGAAUUAAGGUUGGAGGUAUUGGACAUGGAAUGGUCCAACUUGACCAAGGCAGAGAUGGCCCGAGGGCAGCUAAUCAACGAGACCAUCAGGGACAUCAAAAACGCUCUACGAAAAUCAUUCGCCGACAAGGCGAAUGAUUUUGCCUUAGCACUCAACACCAUACAGCUCGCCAUCUCGGGCCUGGAGGGCGACGUAGAAGACCAAUUACACCACGUACGGAAGCUCUCGGACAAUCUCCCGCCGCUGGACGCAUUCCUCAAGACCAUCGAGGCGGUCGACAUUAAGUGCCAAGAGGCCAACAUUGAGGAAAACGACUUCACCACCUACACCUACGAUGAGCUCUGCUACGAGCUCUCCCUCGUCAAAUCCUCCGUGUCCAAAAAGCUGGCCUUCCUCGAAAACCAGAUGGUGGCGCGCAACAUGACCAACCUGACGCCCAUCCAGCUCGAGGAGUUCGAGUCCGUCUUCCGGCACUUUGACCGCGACGACACCAACUGCCUGUCCGAGCUCGAGUUCAGCGCCGCGCUCGCCUCGCUGGGCCUGAUCUUCUCCGAGGACGAGAUGCACGACUACUUCCUCGAGACCUCGGGCGGGCGCGACCGCGUCACCUUCGAGCAGUUCAUCCGCUUCAUGGUGGACGUGACCGAGGACCAGAACACGGCCGAGCAGGUCUUCCAGAGCUUCCGGGAGGUCGCCGACGGCAAGCCCUACGUGACCGAGAUGGAUCUGCGCCACUCGCUCGUGCCGGACGAGGUGAUUGAGGAUCUGGUCAAGAUCAUGCCGCCGCAUAGUGGGCCGGAUAUGCAAUCCGACCGCGGCCAGCCGCAGUUUGAUUAUAUCGCGUUUAUGGAGAAGUUGAUUGGCGAUGGGGACAUGCAGCGGCCGGGGUCAAAGGGGAGUCACGGUGGGAGGACGAGUCCGUCGAAGUUGGCCGGCGGGAAGCUUAAUGGUGAUCACUCAAGGGAACCUACGGUCUUAAUCUGAGGAGCAGUACCGUCUCUUUCCGCAUUCACUUUAUUGUUAGACUUUUCUCUCUAAUAACCGUGUUAGCAUAGCGCAUUUGGGUCUUGGCGGAUAGGAACACACACACUAUAUUAUUCUCGACGCUUUGCUGAUACCAGUUUCGAUUUGCUCGGCGUCCAAAUUAGGGGGACGGGGUGGGAGGUAGAGCAAAAUGUAGGACUGCUGCUCUAGACGAGCGUUCAAUAUCCGUUUCAAAUAGUAUUCAUGCUAGACAACUUCUUUCCUUUGGGACGC